AUGGACACCUUGGAAGCAAAAGUUGUCAUUCUUGGAAGUACAGGUGUUGGAAAAACAUCAGUAGCUGUUAGAUAUACCCAAAAUACGUUUUCCCCCAAUGGUACCUCAACAAUCGGAGCUUCAUUCAUGACAAAGAAAUUGCAAUGCAGUGUAAGGUUACAAAUAUGGGAUACGGCUGGACAAGAACGUUUUAGAGCAAUGGCGCCUAUGUAUUAUCGAGGAGCAUCAGCCGCCAUUUUAGUAUAUGAUAUUACAUCUGAGGAAAGUUUCAAGGAAAUGGUUUCAUGGAUGGAAGAGUUGAACAAGAACAUGACGGAUGAUUUAGUGAUCCAUGUUGUUGGAAAUAAGCUUGAUUUAGAAUCAAAACGUGAAGUCUCGUUUAUGAAGGUAUUGGAUUACUGUGACCAGCUUUCUCAUGGUGUCAGCGGUAUUAAUGAAGUGUCUGCCAAACACAACAUUGGCAUCGAGGAAAUCUUUUUGGAUAUUACACAAACUCUAGUCGGAAGAAAGUACAAUCUGAAUCUCGACAGAACAACCACCACUGAUAUCCACAGUGAAAACGUUCAAUAUGAAAAGUCUGGCUGCUGCUAA